AUCCAAGCCCCUUCUCCUUUCCUCUCCAAGCCCUAAACUCGUCGCCCCUUCUUUGCCCCGCCUCCUCCCUUCUGUCGUCCGCUUCCACCGCUCCGUUUCCACUACCACUUUACACCUCUGACUGCACACUCGUAGGUCCUCCCUCUUCCCCCGCCUCUUCACCUCUUCCGCCUCUGCCCCUGCCGUUACAACCACCAUCUCCGUCGGAGACAAUCUUCCUGACGCCAACCUCUCCUACUUUGGCUCCGAUGGGGAGCUCCAGACCGUCACCAUCUCUGAUCUCACCAAGAGCAAGAAAGCCAUCUUCUUCACCGUCCCGAGGCCUUUACGCCGACGUGCUCGCAAAAGCACCUCCCUGGAUUUGUGGAAAAGGAUGGGGAGCUGCAUGCCAAAGGCGUGGACACCAUUGCCUGCAUCUCGGUCAACGACGCUUCCGUGAUGCAUGCCUGGAAGAAGGAUCUCAACAUUAGGGACGAGGUUUUGCUACUCUUCGACGGAAACAGGGAGGUUUUGCUACUCGCACGAACCCCCGAGACGCUCCCAGAAGAAACCAACGUUUAAUCAUCAUGGCGUAUAAAGGGCGAAGGGAGAACACGCCUUCUCUCCUCGCCCGGAGACUUCGAUCUGUUUUCAUUGUUCGCCGAGAGAGAGAUAGAGAAGAGAGAGAGAUGGAUGCGUUCUUCCAAUCCCGAUCUCAGUCCCAUGGCGGAUGGACUCGGAAUUCCUUCAAAAAUUUCGGUCAGAUCCCUUUGAAUGUUCAAAAUCAUAUGAUGCUGGUUUACUUGACGCUAUGUUGCGUGCUUGCGGCAUCAGCGGCUGGAGCUUAUCUCCACAUUUUGAUGAACAUUGGCGGAUUUUUGACGAUGAUGGGUUGCUUUGGUAGCAUCAUGUGUCUGCUUUCCAUGCCUCCAUAUGAAGAGAAGAAGAGGUUUGGGCUUCUGAUGGCCGCAUCUGCUUUCGAGGGGGCUUCCAUUGGCCCUUUGAUUGAGCUUGCCAUGGAGUUCGACUCCAGGUUGAUUAUGCUUGCACCCCUGAAGAGGUUCAACAGCAUUUUCAGUCGUGUGGUACUGUUAACAGAGUCACCAUUCUCACUGACAGAAACGGUCAGCCAAAGGGUUUUGCUUAUGUCGAAUUCUUGGAAGUUGAGGCAGUCCAAGAAGCCUUUUGGUUGCAUGAGUCUGAGCUUCAUGGUCGCCCAAUCAAGGUUGCCGCCAAACGAACCAAUGUUCUAGGGCUGAAGCAGUUCCGUCCUCUGCGACAUAAUCCCUACCCGAUGUAUUCAUAUAGCAGGCCUCACAUGCCAUCCUGAUGUUGAGUUUGUGGACAAAGAAGCAGUCGCAGUUACCAGUGUGUCUCGGAAGGCAACUUUCUACAAUGGACCAAGCUCUACGGACUUCAUAAAUGUCCAUGACAUUUUUCUUGAAUGUGAUCAUGAUUCAAUCAUAUACCUUGGGAAGUCUAUUGAACCAACAAUAUAUGAUCUUUUGGGUGAUCAAGAGGUUUGUAAUCUGGACUUUUCUGAAAACUUUGUAAUAUCUUCUUUCUGCUAUGCUUCUUGGUUAUUUUGGAAUCUUUCUGCCACAAUUUUGCAAUGCAAGGUUGAAAUCUGCUUGUUGAAAAAUGGAAAACCAUCAUGGACGAAGAAGUUUCUUUGCUCCAAAGUCAGGUUGUUGUGUCUUAAGACUGGCUCGAGGUGACAAAAUAUGCUGGAUUGGUCUGUGCUUAGGCCCGUCAAGAAUUAAUUCAAGAUAUGUUAAGGUCUGGCAAGAUUCUCAGCAAGAAACUCUUACUGGUGGCAUGAUAAAGUAUGAAAAUGCAAUCCUACAUGACAUGAACCACCAUCACAAGUUUCUAGUCUUUUGGCUAUUGUUCAUUAGUUGCAAAUGGAGUUUAUUUGUUUAUUUGUAUUGGGAUAAAUUUUAUUUGAAUAUGAGACAUGUUUUUUCUUUUGUGAU